ACGCGUAAUUCAUCGGAUACGGCGGUUCGGAUUAUUUGGAGCACGACCCAGUCUAGGCAGGCCCAAGAAACUCAUGAGCUUGCACUCUCUUGUUUCGACCACAAAGGUCAACUCUUCCACCCCCUCCAUUUCCUUUGUAUUUUCUUGCACGUUCUCUCUCUCUCUCUCUCUGCGCAUUUGUAUUUCUGUUGCAACUGCUGAUCUCAACUUCCUCAACUCUCUCCCAUUGUCCCCACGCCAAGAUUCUGAUGAAAUAGCUUUGCUUCCCCCUUCCCGUGUAUAAAUAAAUCUCCCCUGUUUGUUCCUGUUAUAAAUCUCUGUUUUAGAAAACAAAUCCUUCAAUCCCUUUCUUUUGCUCCAUCCCACCUGUAUUCUGAUUCAAUUUCCUCACGCCCUCCUUUUUCUUUCCAAGUGAGAGAACUUCCCCUUCAAUGGAGGACUCCGGAACGAUGAAAAAGCCUGUACCUGACGGCGUAGAGGACGGGGGCAGCGAAGAGAGUGGCUGGACUACUUAUCUCCAAGACUUCUCUCGAAACAAUGACGGAGAAGAUAGCUUCUGCUCGAGCUUCGGGACCUACUCUUUGGUUUCGGACGCCGCGUCUCGUGCCAUCCACAGGAAUGCCGCCGUCGCCGAGCCGAAGGCUCCAAGGAGGCUGAGCAUGAUCAAGAGGAUGAGGACCAGAGAGAUCACAGAUGAAGAUCCACUAGAGGACACCGCCACGUCUCCUGUCAACAGUCCCAAGAUCAAUCAUCUAAAGCGGGUGGAGAUGAUGGGCACUCGGAUGACAGAUGAUCCUCUUCAUCUUUCUCUGGGUAACGGUGGUGCAUCGGAGAGCUGCAUGGGAUUGAAGGUGAGAGAAGGCAAUGAAAAUGAGGAGAUGAUGUACAGUUGCGAUGGCCAGAACUAUGAGUGCUCAAGCUUGAGGAAAAGAGGACUUUGCUUGGUUCCUUUGUCCAUGUUCAUGAACUAUCAGCUUCAUUGAAUCGAUUCCAUCUCUCUCUCUCUCUCCCAUCAACUGUGUAGAAACUUUUGUAAAUAAGUUUACCGUUGAUGGGAAUGUGGCCCAAUGUUUUUUCUUUUCAUUGUAAACCCCAUGUAAAUCAAAAUAUUAUUUCGAUUUCCUGUGUUUGAUCA